GAAAUCGUCAAGCCGGUUAAAGCCCAUAAACAUUCGUAUCGAACCUAUCCAAUCCAUUUUAACACAUCUAAUAUAAUAUUAAUCUUAAUUGACUUCAAUAUCAAAACCCUAAUAUACAAAUCAUUCCCCUGCUCUACUCCACCCCACCUCUUCUCUCUCUCUCUCUUUUUUCUCUGAUUACUUUUUUUUUCUUCCUUUUUAGUGCACAAAUCUUAGAUCUACAAGCAACCCCAAAUCAAUCUUAUCUUAAGGGUUACAACAAAACCUUGUGGAAAGAAAAAAAAGGAUGGCUUAGAGAAACCAAAGGACCAAGAGAAAAAGAAAGAAAAGGUCAUCCUCAGCCCCUCAACUUCUUCGAAUUACUGGUUUUGGAUUUGCAAAAUGGCAGGUUGGUCAAAGAGAGUUGAUGGGUCAGGUUUAGAAAGUUUCAGGCCAUUUCCUCCUAUGCUUGGUGAUGGGAAGACGGUGGAUUUGUGCAAGCUGUACUUGGUUGUGAGGGAGACAGGUGGGUAUGAUAGGGUUUGUACAAGUGGGUCUUGGGGUGUUGUUGCUGAAGAGUGUGGGUUUGAUUCAACUUCUGGUUUGGCUUUGAAGUUGGUGUAUGUUAAGUACUUAGAUGCACUGAACAAAGCAAUGGUGAAACUUGAGCUACCUGAUAAUGAAAAGAGUGAGGUUAAGAAGAGUGCUUUGGGUUUUAGUGCUGUUCGGAUGGACCUUGAGCUGGAUUUGAAGGAGGUUCUGAUGAAAAUUUCUGAUGAAAGGAAGAAAGACGAGGAAUAUGGGAAGAUGGAGUUUGAUCCUGCAACUGAUGGAAGGUUGAGCAAUGGUAUUGAGGUUCAGGAUUUUGUUGGUUUGAUUAGAUACUCUGAGAAUUUUGUUGAAAAGCGAAGUUUGGACGACAGUGUUUGUGAUGUAAAAAGGAUUGAUGAAAAAUUUAGUAGUGUUUAUUCUGAAAAAGAUUCAAAGUUUAUGAAUCAAAACAAAGACUACCAGAUUGAUACAAAUGACAUUAGGCCAAUGAAGUUAAGUGGGGAUGAGGAAGAUUGUAUUAUUAGGAAGAGGAAGAAUAGUGAUGGUAAGAUGAGUGUUGGUUAUGAUGAAGAACAUCUGAAGAUUGAUGAUGGAAAUGGAGACGAUCAGGGUGGCACAGAUGACAUUGGCCUAACAAAGUUUAGCGGGGAUGAGGAAGAUGGCAUUGCUAGAAAGAGGAAGCGAGAGUCUUACUUGGACAUGCUUAAGUGGAUUACUGAACUUGCAAAGGAUCCAUGUGACCCUGCCAUUGGGCAUCUGCCCGAAAAAUCUAAGUGGAAGUCUUAUGGGAAUGAGGUGGUUUGGAAGAAGAUUCUUUUGUUAAGAGAUGAAAUGCUUUUGGAAAGGAAUGUGGAUACAAGUACUCAAUACUCCAUCUGGCAGCAAAAACAGAAAAUGCAUCCAUCUAUGUAUGAUGAUAAUAGUGGGUCUGAGCGGCUAAGGUGCAGCCAAAGGGUCCUAUCUGCAAAAGAUUCUUUGAAAAAUUCAGGUUCUCAUAUUGAUGGAACUCUGGUAGACGGACCUACUGACUCUUCUGCAGAGUCGGGCGUUUGGUGGAACCGUCGGCGUAAGAAAAUAGCAUCAAUUGGUUCAGAGUUUCAAGCGGAUAUUCCAGAAUGGAAAAAGGACUAUGAAUCUGACUCUAAAUGGUUGGGCACAGGAAUCUGGCCACUGGAUAAAAAUGAACAGAGAAGAAUAUUAAUUGAAAGAGAUCCUACUGGGAAAGGAAGGGAAGAUACAUGUGGUUGUGAAUAUUCAGGUUCUUAUGACUGCAUCAGGUUUCACCUUUCUGAGAAGAGAAGGAAGCUUAAACUUGAGCUAGGAUCCGCCUUUUAUCACUGGAAAUUUGACUACAUGGGUGAAAAGGUUGCACUCUCUUGGACAACAAAAGAUGAACAGAAUUUCCAAGAUAUAGCAAAGUCAAGCUCUUUGUCUGAGGAUGAGAGUUUUAGUUACUGGCCUGAACUUUUUAAGUUCUUUCCUCACAAAAGCAGGGAAUCUUUGGUAAGCUACUAUUUUAAUGUCUUCAAUCUACGGCGAAUAGGUCAGCAGAAUAGUAUGAAUACAAGUGAUGUUGACAGUGAUGAUGAUGAAUCAGGGUAUGGACCUAGGUCUAUUUGUUUUGGGCGGGAUCCUAAGUUCGCCAUCUUUUGUUCCCCAAAGAAAGCACGUCUAGAUCCCAGAUAGUAACCUCAGAAGGAUUACCAUCAACGGCUUUUGUUCAGAAAUGUAUAUUCCAGGAGUCUUUUGUUCUCUUUUACUUCAGCAAUAUUUUUGGGUCGGUGGAUAGUGGGGUUUAAGGGGGGUUUACCGAUAUCAAUUUUUGCUCUGCAUUUCUCAAUGUAUACAGUUUACACUCCCUUUAGAAUUACAAGUGCUUGAAUCAAAGAAACAAAACUUCUAAGAAAACAAUUUUUCAUCCAGCAGCAAAGUCUCUGAGAUUAUA